GAACUUGAAAAGUACGUGAGCAUGGCCUUCGACGGUUCCAUGCUUCCUAGUUUUAAAAGGUCAGGCAUGCGCCAUGUAAAAGCCCCAGUUUCGUCUCAUGUUGUGAUACAAUGGAAAGGUGAGACGGAAAGUAUCCCAAAACAUACAUCAGCUGUUUGUCAAAGAAAAAUUAUCAGUGGCCCCAUUCAGCGCAGAGCACCAGUAGAAUGCCCGUAGGUUCUGGAUACGUUGGAUGUCUGAACGGACAUCGGGAAUUUCAGAAGCAGUUCAACUUAUGCAUUCUCUCGAACGAGUGCCAGUGAACAGCAUCAGCAUCAGCGUGAAACAGCAGUGACGAGCGAAGCUGUCUUGUACAUUAUUUCUAUAUGCUGCAUCCAAACCUAUUUUCAAGUGACAAAUAUUUAAAUGGGUAUUGAGGAACUUAUAACAUGGUAUCAGAAGAAGAUUGGGACAUAUGAUAAGCAGCCAUGGGAGAAAACAGUGGAGCAGAGCAUUUUGCAUGGACUCAAUCACAUCCAGCUGAAGACAGCCAAACCAAAAACUGACUUGAUUGAUCUUGACUUAGUCAGAGGUUCCUCAUUUACCAAAACCAAACCUAAGCAUGGGUUCAUCACAGUGGUCCGUCUAUCCAUCUGCAGGUUCUUCCUGCUCCCAUUGUACUCGAAAUGGUGGAUACAACAAACGUCCACCAGGAUAUUUGGGGUUCUUCUGAUGCUUUACUUCUUGCAGCUUGUGACUUUAGCUUUGUACUCCUACAACAUAACUCCAAAUGCACAGAACGGUCUUACUUCAGAAUUGAUAGUUCCUAUGGGGAUGAUGUGGGCGAUGAGUUUCAUUAUCUCGCAAAUCGUGGCGACAAGUCCGAACGGACCCGACAACUUGAAGCGUAAGAUAACGAAGUAUCGGAAGAGCUACAACAGGCGGAAGAGGAGAGUGCGCAAGAUGGACAAAGCGAACGAGUUGGAUCGCAGCUGGAAGGGUAAAGGUCCAAACUCGCCGAGGAGCAGUAGCGUUAUUUUCGAGGAGGGAAGUCCGGAGCAAAAGCGGUGCGAUGAUGAUGGUUUCGAGAGCUUGAACGGAAACGGUUCAAGUCCGAGCAAUAACGGAGAAGUACACGAGGAGGAAAAGAGUACCAGCACUUCCGGGUUGAGGGUCAACGAGUGGGUGAAGAGCGUCCAAGGAAUUACGCUUAAGCGAAGGCAGUCCGCUCCGGAUUUGAGAUCCAAGCGUUAUUUUCAUGAAUCAGACUCGGACUCGUUUCCGCACAACAGCCUUCAGAGAUUAACAAUACCGACCGUAAUCAAAUUAUCGGCAGAGAGUAACGGGGAAACCGAUGAGGAAGGAGAAUGCGAGACUUUAUCUUCACCUGAGACCGUUGGAAGUGGAGCUAUAGAUGCCCACACAUCUGCAAACGAGUGGAUUGUUAUUACGACCAACAGCGAGGAUUGCAGCUACAGCUCGGAAAUGUCCGAAUCGGAUCACCAAUUGGAUAGCUACGACAUCGACGCUCCGCCCACUUACAUCUUGAACCAUAAUUGCGGUCCUAGCGAUCGAGUAAGUUGCACGAUUUGGGAUAAACGUGAAACCAAGAAGGCGGAUUUGUCGGUAAUUGAAAUCAGUUCGGUGAUAAUUGCCCGAGUGGAAAGUAUGCCCGAGAGCAAAUACUACUUCUACAUCGGCAUCUUCUUCUCGAUCCUAUUAGCGUCGUUACCGAUCUUGAGCAGACUAUUUAACUCUAUGAAUCUUACGUCAGACGAGGAUGAGCUGCAGCUCACGCUCAUCCAACUAAUAAACAAGGUACACGUCAAGUUCGGUGAAUCUUUCGGUGACAUUCUUGACUCGUGCUUGGGCACCGUCCUCUGGGAAAGGGUGUUGCUUAUGAUCGCCGUCAUACAAAGAGGAAUACUCGGUUUCCUCCUUUUCUUCCUUCUAGCAGUGGCCGAGCGUACCUUCAAACAACGAUUCUUGUACGCCAAACUAUUUACCCAUCUGACAUCGUUCCGGAGAGCCAGAAAAUCGGAGCUUCCCCAUUUCCGGUUACACAAGGUACGAAAUAUCAAGACUUGGUUAUCGGUACGUUCGUACCUGAAGAAACGCGGACCGCAGCGUUCAGUGGACGUAAUAGUUUCAGCCUCUUUCAUUGUGAUGUUGCUACUGCUUUCCUUCCUCUGUGUCGAAUUGCUGCAAGAAUCGUUCACUUUGAAUUCCCAUUAUAAUAUGGAAAUCAUGAUUUGGGUUCUCGGAUUGGGAAUAUUCAUAAUGCGAUACAUGACUCUAGGAGUGAAGAUCAACAAAAAGUACAGGAAUCUCUCCGUGCUCAUCACAGAACAAAUCAAUCUUUACUUGCAAAUAGAGAAAAAGCCUCACAAGAAGGAAGAGCUGAUGGUAGCCAACAGCGUUCUCAAAUUAGCAGCUGAUCUCUUAAAGGAGUUGGAAAGCCAAUUCAAAAUAUUAGGCUUAUCGGCUAAUCCCCUACUGUACAACAUUACAAAGUUUGUGAUACUCUCCGCCUUAUCGGGUGUCCUCUCGGAGAUACUAGGCUUCAAAUUGAAGCUGCAUAAGAUUAAAAUCAAGUGAAGAAUUUUGAUUUUAAAGUUGUGAUAGUAUACGUAAAAUAAAAUGAAAGCAUCUACAUAGUGUACAACAGGGUUCAUUUUGUAGCAAAAAUAUUCUCAGUCUGAACUUCGUUAUAUGCUUAGCCGCAGUUAAUCUCAAUGAUGUUUCAAUUUAGGUUGAAUACCAAAUCAAUAUAGAUCUGUGACAUUAACUAGAAA